GCAGCAGCAGCAGCAGCAGCAGCAGCAGCAGCAGCAGCAGCAGCAGCAGCAGCAGCAGCAGCAGCAGCAGCAGCAGCAGCAGCAGCAGCAGCAGCAGCAGCAGCAGCAGCAGCAGCAGCAGCAGCAGCAGCAGCAGCAGCAGCAGCAGCAGCAGCAGCAGCAGCAGCAGCAGCAGCAGCAGCAGCAGCAGCAGCAGCAGCACAGCAGCAGCAGCAGCAGCAGCAGCAGCAGCAGCAGCAGCAGCAGCAGCAGCAGCAGCAGCAGCAGCAGCAGCAGCAGCAGCCAGCAGCAGCAGCAGCAGCAGCAGCAGCAGCAGCAGCAGCAGCAGCAGCAGCAGCAGCAGCAGCAGCAGCAGCAGCAGCAGCAGCAGCAGCAGCAGCAGCAGCAGCAGCAGCAGCAGCAGCAGCAGCAGCAGCAGCAAGCAGCAGCAGCAGCAGCAGCAGCAGCAGCAGCAGCAGCAGCAGCAGCAGCAGCAGCAGCAGCAGCAGCAGCAGCAGCAGCAGCAGCAGCAGCAGCAGCAGCAGCAGCAGCACAGCAGCAGCAGCAGCAGCAGCAGCAGCACAGCAGCAGCAGCAGCAGCAGCAGCAGCAGCAGCAGCAGCAGCAGCAGCAGCAGCAGCAGCAGCAGCAGCAGCAGCAGCAGCAGCAGCAGCAGCAGCAGCAGCAGCAGCAGCAGCAGCAGCAGCAGCAGCAGCAGCAGCAGCAGCAGCAGCAGCAGCAGCAGCAGCAGCAGCAGCAGCAGCAGCAGCAGCAGCAGCAGCAGCAGCAGCAGCAGCAGCAGCAGCAGCAGCAGCAGCAGCAGCAGCAGCAGCAGCAGCAGCAGCAGCAGCAGCAGCAGCAGCAGCAGCAGCAGCAGCAGCAGCAGCAGCAGCAGCAGCAGCAGCAGCAGCAGCAGCAGCAGCAGCAGCAGCAGCAGCAGCAGCAGCAGCAGCAGCAGCAGCAGCAGCAGCAGCAGCAGCAGCAGCAGCAGCAGCAGCAGCAGCAGCAGCAGCAGCAGCAGCAGCAGCAGCAGCAGCAGCAGCAGCAGCAGCAGCAGCAGCAGCAGCAGCAGCAGCAGCAGCAGCAGCAGCAGCAGCAGCAGCAGCAGCAGCAGCAGCAGCAGCAGCAGCAGCAGCAGCAGCAGCAGCAGCAGCAGCAGCAGCAGCAGCAGCAGCAGCAGCAGCAGCAGCAGCAGCAGCAGCAGCAGCAGCAGCAGCAGCAGCAGCAGCAGCAGCAGCAGCAGCAGCAGCAGCAGCAGCAGCAGCAGCAGCAGCAGCAGCAGCAGCAGCAGCAGCAGCAGCAGCAGCAGCAGCAGCAGCAGCAGCAGCAGCAGCAGCAGCAGCAGCAGCAGCAGCAGCAAGCAGCAGCAGCAGCAGCAGCAGCAGCAGCAGCAGCAGCAGCAGCAGCAGCAGCAGCAGCAGCAGCAGCAGCAGCAGCAGCAGCAGCAGCAGCAGCAGCAGCAGCAGCAGCAGCAGCAGCACAGCAGCAGCAGCAGCAGCAGCAGCAGCAGCAGCAGCAGCAGCAGCAGCAGCAGCAGCAGCAGCAGCAGCAGCAGCAGCAGCAGCAGCAGCAGCAGCAGCAGCAGCAGCAGCAGCAGCAGCAGCAGCAGCAGCAGCAGCAGCAGCAGCAGCAGCAGCAGCAGCAGCAGCAGCAGCAGCAGCAGCAGCAGCAGCAGCAGCAGCAGCAGCAGCAGCAGCAGCAGCAGCAGCAGCAGCAGCAGCAGCAGCAGCAGCAGCAGCAGCAGCAGCAGCAGCAGCAGCAGCAGCAGCAGCAGCAGCAGCAGCAGCAGCAGCAGCAGCAGCAGCAGCAGCAGCAGCAGCAGCACAGCAGCAGCAGCAGCAGCAGCAGCAGCAGCAGCAGCAGCAGCAGC